CGACCUAGUAUCUAUUUACGAAAGUAGCGUUACUGUUUCUCUUUACUAGACUAUGGCAGCGCACACAGUCUUUCAUUCCGAUAGUCGUGUAUCAAAUAUUUCUACAAAGCAAAAACGCUUGGCCCAUAUGUUUCUUAGUCCAUUUAGGCGUCUCAAUCAAAAUGGCAAGAAACGUCCGGAUAAACAUUCGCCUUCUGCUGAACUGGUAGGUAGUUGUAGGGUUGAUUUAAACACAAAUGGUGGUCUUGAAAUCCUCCCAGAUUCCGCAUGCUCCAAUUCAGAAUCAUGUUCUCUUGAAAGCAACUACCAACCAGAAAAAUGCUCUAUUCCAAUAGUUCAUCUUGAACCACAUGUUAGUCCUUGUUAUUCUACUUCUGUAACUCAAUCCCACUUCACCGAAGCCGAUAAUCCUAUGAGUGAAUUGAAUACUUAUGUCGGAGAGCAGACUACUGAAUUAGCUUCGAGUAUCAAGCAACGCUUAAUGACUCAAUCAUCUCAACCUCUUAAAAAGUUAAAUAGAAUAAAAAAAUAUAUAACAAGUCACCAAGUAACCUAUCCUCAAUUGACACCGGUUAGCCGAAAUGUUUUAACCCGCAUUUCUGAAAUAUCUAACCAAACAAAUAUCGAUAAAUCCAAAAUAAAUGCAGUUUGUUACAAUAAGAGAAAUGUGAAGACUUCGUCCCCCGCUUGCAAUAUGAUGGUUGUGCCCAUAUCUAAAUCAGAUUUGUAUUUGGUAGGACGUCUUGUGAACGUUGAGACAUAUUCUAAGUCUGUAUUUUCAUCAGAUUCUACGGACAAUCUCCAUUGCGACUCACCAGCUUCGGAUCUUUACGUUUCCUCCAAUAAUAUGAAACAUUGUCCAAACUCAAUGUUGUGUAUGUACAGAUCUCUCAGUAAAUGCUCAAAAAACUCACAAUCUUUCAUGCAUUCUUUUCAAAAGGAUGGUAAAUUCCCAAAACCUGAAAAUUCUACCGCUGAAACGUGCGCGACUCUUAUUGAUCGUAAUAAAGUGGCUGAAUGUGAAACUGAUGGUAUUUGUUCUUCGGAUUCGGUUAAAAUUAUUACAUUCAAUCCUUCACCAAUCUUGUCAACUUCAAAAAUUACUCAUUUAUCAUCGUCAUCACCAAGUCCAACCAACGAUACGAAAGCAGCUGAGACCAUACCUACUAUUAGUCAGACAUUGAAAUACUCACAUUUAUCUAACCGUGCUUAUCCUUUUGGCAAAGAUUGUCGUUUUGUUUUUUACAAUUCUGAUAGUGAUGAAGAAGAUGCUUACAAUUUAUCUGCACCUUGCCAAACUAUCACUUCACUUAUCAAGGCUCGUCAAGCGCAUAAAGAUAUGUGGACAAAGCGAGCUGAUCGCAUCAAUCGCUUUUUAGCCUGUAGACCUUGUCGUGAAGACCUGAUAUCUAAAAAUAUAAUUCCCAGUACCACUUUAGAAGCACGUACUGAACUGCGGAUUGAUAUUGAAGCGUCACUUGAGCGUCGACUUAAUCAACGUCCUACAACUGAUGAAUUGAAACAGAAAAACAUCCUUCAUGUGGACACCGAAGAGGUGCGUAAUAAGAUUAAAGAAGAACGAAAGCAAAUUUUAACUCGCAAGCAAACUAUGUCUAUCAAUACUGAAAAUCAAGAAAUUUAUCCAUUUUUAUCCCAACCAACAUCAUUCUCUAUGCAUAGUCCAUACUGAAAGUUGAACUUACUGGUAUCCAUAGAUGCCAAACAUGUAUAAUAUCAAUCCCUGAAUAAGCUAAAAAAAUAUUUUGAUCAGUUUAAGGUCAUAUGGAAUAGUUGAGUCGUAUUACGAAAGCACUGUUCGCAGUACAGUUGGAAUUGUUUCUCUUUGAUAAAUAAUCAUCAUUCGAUAUCAACCUAAAUUUAAAUGAAUAGAAUUGAUACAUUACACACAUUACCAAUUCUACUAUCAUCAUCAUUCUCUUAUCUCGUGAAUUUUCUUUCUCUCAGUAAGGAAGAACAUAUCACAGUCAUCUGACGCAAUUAUACAGGAUUGAUUUUUUAUCACAGUAAGUCAUACGACACGUAGUUCUCUUACAUCUUCCAAUCAAAGGAUAGAUAAUCUUGCGAAUAAACAAUUAUUAUCAUUGUUAUUUGUUUGAUUCAUUAUUAAUUGUACGUGCAUAUGUUUCAAUAUAAGUUAUUAGGUCUACGUUUGAAGGAAAAUGGUAAAUUAAAAGAGAAUUUUUAACAGCGUCACAGGAAAAAAUACAAAAGACAUUAAUAUAAACGAUAACCCUCACAGCUUAUCUUAACGUUUUAGAACAUAUCAGUUUCUCCUGUUGUAAAAUAGAAAUACAAUAUUUAUUUACUGUGUCAAUCCAAUUUCAUUGAAGUUAAUCUCUGUCUAUUACCAAUGUUAAUAUUUUAUAGAAAAAAUACAAGUUAAUGAUCAGACAAAUAUAUAUAUAUUCAAAUAACAAAAGAAACCCAUUGUGUCAUUGAAGAAAGUAUAAAGGUAUUUCUGCGAAGAUAAUUCUCUUUUCGACAAUAUCAUGUACUAAGGCUAUGCAAUCGCAGUGAAUUAAUAAAUGUAUGCAUCUGCAGAAAAAAUAAAAAAACGCACAUUUAUCACAGUGUUUGGCGGUUUGUAAGUGUCAAAUAAAGGUUGUGUAAUGAUCUAUAUGUUAAAGGAACAUAGCAAGACGAGAAUAAUUUGCAGAACAAAAAUAUGGGGGAUAGAUAUGAGGAAAAAAGGAAGGACAUAGAGGUAAUAUCAAUAGUUGAAUAAUAAUUAUGAAGAAUUUUGAGAGGGUAAUAACAUCUGAUUACAUGUUCAUAAGUAAGAUGUCAUGUAAAGAAAAGUGUCCUUCAAGGGGUGUUAAGUCUUUUGAAGAUAAGAGACUGCUCGUAUUUAGUCCCUUUAUCAAGAUGAUCAGGGUUUUCCUGAGUAUUUCUCCACAAUCAACUGUAAUGACGGGGAAAAGCGGUCGUUAUAAUCUUAGAUGAUAUUGUCGGUGGGUGCAGUACUUAACUACAUGCAUUAUGAUCCCUAACUUCUUCGUCUUAAAGGUUGCUUGAAUUUUCCAUCCAGUAGUACUUUUCGUGCUUCUUUGGACAGCGUCAAAGCAAAUCUUUGUCUACGGCAUUUUCUCCGUAAUCGGAAUAUAAUAACACCUCUGCCGAAGUCAGUCUUAUCUGUCCAUGUUGUGUUUAAUGGGCUUCAUUUAUUUGAAGCAGAGUCAGUUUGUACUCAUGUCGGCGGUUAUUUGAACAUUCCACGUACCUACAGAGGUUGUUGCUUCGGUUGUCAGAAUGCUCAUCAGUCUUGUGGUUCCCGAAGAAUCUUGACUUUCAUCAUGACACAUCAUAAAUUUUCUGUUUGACGAAACCCUUUUCUUCACAGGGCAGAGUUUAAAGGGUUUAGAUGAUUUCUUCUUGUUUGCGUUUUUUGACGAGGUAUUGUUGAUAACACUAUCCAUCAUUUUUCGUUUAACCGAGCUCAUUACUGGUAGUAACCCUAGAUGUCUCCGGGCAGAUUUUCCAUCUUAUCAGAUGCUGACAAAUUCUCUGAAGGAGCCUCUUGAAAGAUGACUCUGUCAUCAACUUCGAACUCUACGAAAAUCCUUUCAAAUUUUUUAAGAAUUUUCUUUUAUUUCCCAUGAAAAUGAAUAACUUUUCUUACCAAUUAUUAAUUACUGAGGGGUUAGCAUAAAUCUUUCAACCCUUCCGAUGUGAUAACAUUGUAUGCAAUACUAUGGAUUCAUCCAAGUUUUUUCACUCUCUACAUGUUUAUUUUGUGGAGACCAUAUGUUUUUGUAUGACUAUAACGAGAAAAACAACCUUGAUAUUUGCUUCUCCGUGAUACUAGCAAGGAAAGCUACUUCUGAAAUGUACUCUCUACGUACAAUUUAGAUUUAAUAAUGCUUUCUGUGGACGAACUGAUGGAGUUGUGAUGAAAUCAUCACUUGACCCCUCCUGACUUGUUCUUUUGUAGGCAAGCUGAAAAAGUGAUAAAAUUAAAAAAGAGAAUUUUCUUCACUGAAUUACUUUUAUUUAAAUACAUACUUGUCAGUUAUGUUGUGUUAAAGUUUCUUGCUUAUAAAGAAUAACAAUAAUCCGGACACAAAGUAAAGAAGAGAUACGUGUAUGUCUGUAAGUUCAAUGAAAAAUGGCUGCUUAAUCAGCUCAUAGAAUUGCUAGUAAAAGUGCUCUAAUCGUUUUAUGCAUUGUUUCUUCAGAAUAAGUUGUUUUAAAAUUCGAUUCAACACCUUUGCAUAGAAUUUAUGUUCUCAGUGUCCGAUACCCUGUUAUACAACUUUCUACCCACUUCUCUUCAAUGUUUAACAAGUAUUAUAAAUAUAUUUUUGUUAUAUCCCGAUAAGUAGAAAAAUUGUACUUCUAACGUUUCGUGGCUUUAUCUAAGCUACUUCUUCGGAGUUAAUAAAUAGCCGACAUUAAAUUAAAACACGCUUUGAACUCGUGUUAAUUGCUUCUGACGAAAUGUCUUACAUUAAGUCACUAAACGUCAGAAAUACAAUUUAACUCAUUGAGAUAUAACAAAAAUAUAUUUAUUAUUAACUCGCUAGCCAAUGUUCAAUUUAUUCGAAACUAUUAUGUCCAACCUUAGUAUUGAUACUUGUUUAAUAAGAAUAUUAUGUGGUUACAAAAACAAUCUAAUUUAUCAUUUUAUCAAUACUUGGUCGUUGAAAUCUUUUCCAUAUGACUACAAAAUUCAUUCCUAAAUUAUCUUCGACCUCAUCACCCCUUAAUAAUAACGCAUUAUAUUUAGGUAACUGGUAUAAAUUACAUUAAUACAACUGCUUGCUUUCUGUAUAAUUCCAACUUUAGGUGACAUAUAUGCUUUACACGUUGCAUUUAAUACUUUAAGUAUUUUUUCUGUUUGUAUUUGUUAACUGAAUUAUCUAAACACAAGUAUAACAUUAAUGAAACUAUUUUUUAUUGUAAUCGAAUAUAAAAUAAUUCUUAUUAUUUGACAGGUAAUUAUAAAAUGUUUCGUCUUUCUGCUGGAUUCUGCUGGAUUCCACGUUAAUUUAUCUAGUUUAGUUGAUAUGGAGUUAAUACAUUUUGUCAAUGGUUUAUCAGAAAUAUUUGUUCGCUUCUCUUUUCUGUGAAAAAAAGAUGUCCCUUCCUUCUCUAAAUUCUCUUAAGUGUCCACAAAGUAACAAAAUAUUAAUUCUAUAUAUAUGUAUUGUUUUUUCGAAACCUAGAACUUUUUGUUUGUAAUUGAAUUGGAUAGAAUGAUUUUAAAACUAAGAAUCUUACUCAUUCUUGCUUCAUUUGACAAAAGUUCAUAUUAGACGUGUUUAUAUGUGUUCAAGUUUAGGUGUUUGUGACAAGUCGAAAGCAUUUAUUUUCAAUCAUAGUAAUAAAAAUAUUAAUUUGUUUAGUAAUCUCAUGUGAAACUAUUAGGUACUCUCUGUUCAGAUUCAUAUUUCAAACAAAGAACCGGCUUAUUAUAGUGUUUAAGUACAAAUAAACCCCUUAAUCUCUGUCCUUCUUACAGUAGGUUAAUCUGACAACUGAUAAAUGUCUGCGAAGAAUUAGGUGAUAAUAUUGUAGUCUCUCCUUUUUAAUGCUUCUCGAUAAAAAACAACUAUAUUAUCAUCUGACUUGCAGUCCCUAAUAUAAUUUUGCUAAGUGAUUAAUAAAUAGGACUCGGCUCAGUUUUUGAAUAUUCUAACUUUUUAGUGUCAUUAUCCCAUAGUUUGUUCCCAUUGUUCAAUUUAAGAUAAUUUGUAAAUAUCUGAUAUCUCUAACUUCAGAUACGUGUUAUCCUAAACUGCCAAUAUCAAAUUUCUUUAUUAUUUGCCUCUGGUAAAUAAAUGAUCAUAAAACUAUGUUCGACAAAGAUUGAAUUCACUUGCGCCAUUGCGAUUUCAGCCAUGUCACUAUUAGUUACGAUAAUCACAUGAACCCCUACUACGUAGUUUGAACCUACCUACGCUGUUCAGUCCAACAGUCAGUAUCUUCAUGAAUUGGACCUAUGGCUUGGUUUGGCUACCCCCAGCAAACUUACAACCUACUCUAACAACAGCCAUGGCGGCACAUUGAGAAUAGCCAUGCGUAAUACAUGUCCUAACUAUCUCGGUCGUUAAUGUUUCACUUCCUCACCAAUCAAUUAGCUUUCCUAAGUACUUCCUCAGCGGAAUUAAACUAGGUAACUAAUCAAGUAAACUGACUGUUUUGUAUUCAGUCCAUAGGAUGCUUCGAAAGUAGAAUAUUAAUGUCCGUCCAUCAUUAAAUUGUUUCUUGUUGACUAGUUUGUUACUGGAAACAAAACCUAAUUUAUUAAAAAAAAGCGUACUCAGACUUCGCUUACACUUAUUUCAGUCAUAGGUAACUAGUCGGCAAUUAUUGCACGUAACUUCUAGAAAACGAGUGUAAUUUAUCAACAUUGGUCAGCCUUGUAUGUUUCACAACAAAAAUUUCAACUUAAAGUAAUUUUUUAUUUCAAUGACUUCUUGACAUGUUAAUUUCGUAUAAUUAUCUUACAUUUAAACACUAGGUCAUUUACAUGCACUCAGUGUAUGGAGUCAUGUGCGUAAAAUUCACUGAAUUAUCAACUCAAUUUGUCAUAUAUAUCUUUAAUCUACCAUGUGAUUUUUAUUACUAUUUUUGUGCACCUUAUAAUAAAAGCUACGAUACCUAAUUAGCAAUGAUGUUUUUUGAUAACGAUUAUUUUAUUGCAUCUGUAAAAUAUUGAUGACAGGAUGACCGCACAGACUUUAAUGUAAGUCAUACGUAAUUCUUCAUCCCAAGAUUGAACUUCAGAUAGUAGGUUGGAUGUGGAGGAAUAGUCAUUAAGUAAUCUUGGUCGAACUCUUGUCUCUUAAAUUCGAGAUCUAUAAAUAUCAGUCUUCAAGUAAUGUUUAUUUAGCAGAAGAAACAAAUGCUUGAUAUUUUCCUAUAUCCAAAUUUUCCCAUUGCGUUCACUAAAUAUUUUGCUAUGUGUGAAAUCGGUGCUUUUUAGGAUGAAAGGUUCUUUUGAUAUAACUGACUGUCACUGUCUGCUGAACUGUAACACCGAAUUCCCUACCUGUAUCUUUCAACCUUACAAGUCAUCUAGUUGUGUACUAAAAUUACCUGGUAUAAAUAUUAUUCCUGAGUAUUUGGCUUUUGAUUGAGAUUGACCGUAAAGUGAGUAUAUGACAUAUAAGAAUGCUGCUUGGAGCCAUUAACAUACCGUUAAUUACAUAGCAUUUUUGUCAUUUACAUAUUUUCCAAACCUUAGUUCUGAGAAUCCAUGGAGCAAGCGACGUCGUGUUGUUUUUAAGGUCUACCUCUGCAGGCUCGAGCAUUGAAAUCAUUCUUUUUCAUUGUCACAGGGACAUUUUCUUCAAAAUUGUUUCAUACUUUCAUGACGUUUUUAACCGUGAUGUAGUUACAAUGGAUGAUCAGAGGUAUGAGUCUUGCUCGGAGCGAUUUGCGUAUAAAUUUUCAUUAGCAAUUGCAAACAUCAAAUGAAGCUUGCUUCUUGUUAUGAGACAUUGUUUGAUGAAAAUUUUGUGUGAUAGAUAAAAGACACGAGUGAUAUACUACUACUGUCCGAGCCUGACCGAUCUCUAUGAUGAACGUAUUAGCUAUAGGUAAUUUUCUUCUAAUUACGGCUAAAAAUUUCGUUUUCAGCUAUCAUUUCGACCAACUGUUGAAGAGCUGCGUCGACGUAAAAUUAUUCGUUUUAAUGAUUAUGUUGAAGUUAGUGAAGCAGAUGCCUAUGAUCGUCGAGCUGAUAAACCAUGGACUCGUCUAACUCUACGUGAUAAAGCUGAUAUUAGAAAAGAAUUAAACGAAUUCAAAGCAACUGAAAUGGAUGUUCAUGCUGAUAGUCGACAUCACACUCGAUAUCACAAACCAUAGAUGCCUAUCUUCCGCAUCGUGCAAAAUAAUUCAGCGACUGCCGUUCACUUCGUUAUAGAAACUGUACGUUUGUAGUUAUUUUUUGAAGCUAAAUCUAGUUUAUUUCUAAAAAUAACCUGACACAUUCGGAGACCGAACAAUUGUACAUAGUGUAAUGACCUGUCAAAAAUGGAAUUUUAUAUUGACUUUCCAAAUUUUAUGGCUCACUUUAUUAUUGAUUAUUGUAUAGUUUAACUCUUUCAUUUCACUGUGAUUAUAAUAAUAGGUUACAAAUACAAAAACUAACUUGACCAA